CAAGAUCGCGUGUCCUUUCGGCAUGGUCUAUGGCCUGGUACACACAGGUACAGAGCUACGAUUAAAGAAAGCCGUUACCGGCGAUUGCUUCGGGAUCAGUGCGUUGACGGACGUUGAGCGGUGAAGAACUAUGAGUUGCGAGAUCGUCGUUUUGGUGGUGCUGUUGUUUACCUUUGCACCGCUGUCCGAGGAGCGAGUCAUGAGCCAACUGAAGAAGAGCUGUACGGAGCUGCCUGCUCCGGUGCUGUCGGACAUUCUGGGGCCGGCCUUCAACUCGCGCUACAUGAGCAUCGACAAGCCGCCGGUGCUGGAUGAGGAGGCCAUUCGUGGGGAGGGCACGGGGAAGCGGGGCGGUCCUCGCGGCCUAUACCCGUCGUUCUACGUGGAAGAAGAUCAUCUGAUGGAGCUGGGGGAUGAUCCAGCAUGGGCGGUUCAUCACGUCAGCGAUACGGCGAAUCCAGUGCUGAAACCUCCGCGUUUAAAACGAAGGGAAACGGCGUUCAAUGCCCUGUUGAACGACAUGAGCCACGAGAGCAGAUCUUCGCGGGCGUACCGAGGCCGGGGACAAGCGGCGUCCAACGCCAGGCCUUGGGAGUGUGAGGGCAAGAUCCGGUGGAUCGAUCUGGGGUUGGAGUACUUCCCGCGGUUCCUGCGGACGGUGGAGUGCGCCAAAACGCGCUGCUGGUACGGACACUACCACUGCCGGCCACGAUCGUUCACGGUGAAGAUUCUGCGAAGGAGGUCCGGGGAGUGUGUUCCGGGUGGAGCGGAUCAACCCAACGUUGGGUCGGAAGGUCUUCCCGGGGAAUUGCGAGAGCUGUGGGUUUGGGAAGAACGAGCGGUCAACUUUUGCUGCGAUUGUACCGCGCACUGAAGUUGGUGAAGUUGUUGUUGUUAUUGCUUGUAUUGCAUUUUGUAAAUAGUGUGUCAACUCCUCCUGUGAAAAUCUCUCUAGUGUAAGCAAAUAAACCUUACUUUUAAACUUGACAAA